GGGGCGACUCAGCGCGAGCGAGGGAGGGUCGAACGCUAGUUAGGGUCCGAGCGGCGGGCCGGCUGUGAGAGGGAGGACGCGCGGCGCGGAGCGGCAGAGCGGCGGCAGAAUGUUCAGCUGGAUGGGGCGGCAGGCGGGCGGGCGCGAGCGCUCGGGCGGCGCCGACGCGGUGCAGACGGUGACGGGCGGCCUGCGCUCGCUGUACCUGCGCAAGGUGUUGCCUCUGGAGGAGGCGUACCGCUUCCACGAGUUCCACUCGCCGGCGCUGGAGGACGCCGACUUCGACAACAAGCCCAUGAUCCUGCUGGUGGGCCAGUACAGCACCGGCAAGACCACCUUCAUCAGAUACUUACUGGAGCAAGAUUUCCCAGGCAUGAGGAUUGGUCCAGAGCCCACCACUGAUUCCUUCAUUGCUGUGAUGUAUGGGGAGACGGAGGGCAAUACCCCAGGGAAUGCUUUAGUCGUGGACCCCAAAAAGCCAUUUCGAAAGCUUAGUCGCUUUGGAAAUGCCUUCCUGAAUCGGUUCAUGUGCUCCCAGCUGCCCAACCAGGUCCUGAAGAGUAUCAGCAUCAUCGACAGCCCCGGCAUCCUGUCUGGAGAGAAGCAGCGUAUCAGCCGAGGGUAUGACUUCUGCCAGGUCCUGCAGUGGUUUGCCGAGCGGGUGGACAGGAUCAUCCUGCUCUUCGAUGCCCACAAACUGGACAUCUCCGAUGAGUUCUCAGAGGCCAUCAAGGCCUUCCGGGGCCAGGAUGACAAGAUCCGUGUGGUGCUGAACAAGGCCGACCAGGUGGACACGCAGCAGCUGAUGCGCGUCUACGGGGCCCUCAUGUGGUCCCUGGGCAAGGUCAUCAACACGCCCGAGGUGCUAAGGGUCUACAUUGGCUCCUUCUGGGCGCAGCCGCUGCAGAACACUGACAACCGCCGGCUCUUUGAGGCCGAGGCCCAGGACCUCUUCAGAGACAUCCAGAGCCUGCCCCAGAAGGCAGCUGUGCGCAAACUCAACGACCUCAUCAAGCGAGCAAGACUGGCCAAGGUACAUGCCUACAUCAUCAGCCACCUGAAGAAGGAGAUGCCGAGUAUGUUUGGAAAGGAGAACAAGAAGCGAGAGCUUAUCAGCAGGUUGCCAGAAAUCUACAUUCAGCUGCAGCGAGAAUACCAGAUCUCUGCAGGGGACUUCCCUGAGGUCAAGGCAAUGCAGGAACAGCUUGAGAACUACGACUUCACCAAAUUCCACUCGCUGAAGCCCAAGCUGAUCGAGGCUGUGGACCACAUGCUGACCAGCAAGAUCUCGUCCCUGAUGAACCUCAUCAGCCAGGAGGAGAUUAGCAUGCCCACGCAGCUCGUGCAGGGCGGCGCCUUCGACGGCACCACCGAGGGCCCCUUCAACCAGGGCUACGGAGAGGGCGCCAAGGAGGGCGCCGACGAGGAGGAGUGGGUCGUGGCCAAAGACAAGCCCGUCUACGACGAGCUCUUCUACACCCUGUCUCCCAUCAACGGCAAGAUCUCGGGCGUCAACGCCAAGAAGGAGAUGGUGACCUCCAAGCUGCCCAACAGCGUCCUGGGCAAGAUCUGGAAGCUGGCCGACUGUGACUGCGACGGCAUGCUGGACGAGGAGGAGUUCGCGCUGGCCAAGCACCUCAUCAAGAUCAAGCUCGACGGCUACGAGCUGCCCAACAGCCUGCCCCCCCACCUCGUGCCCCCCUCCCACAGGAAGUCCCUGCCCAAGGCCGACUGAGGGGCAGGCCACGCAGCAGGACGGGCGCUGUGGGUGGCCAUGGGGCCCCGGGCCUGAGGCCGCUCUGCCGCAGACUCCGGAGUGGCCUUGGGCAAUGCACUGCCGCUCUGUGCCACCUGCUCCCCGUCUGCAGACGGGCGGGGGCAGAUGCUGUAUCCUGGGCGAGGUCCUUUCACGGCUAAAUUUCCCUGGGUUUCUAUUAAAGUCUUGGUGGGAGGGCAUGAUAAGGAGAUUGGUGUUGAGAAGGGAAACUGAGCAGGGAGCACUCAGAGCCCUGAUGAGACCGAGACGUGGAGCCCCAGGGAGCAAGAGGACUCCGCUGCGGCAUCUGCGUCCGCUUAGCAUGGUGGACCGGUCUGUACCCCCUGUCUGUCUCUCAGGGCACUGGGAGCGAACCAGGGCGACCCUAUGUGUCUCCUACUCUAUUUGGAGUGGGGACAGACGGAGCAGAGCGGGCCCUGUUCUCUUCCAGCUGCCAAAGAAGAGUGUUGCCCCAGGCGUGGGGGACACAGCGUGCCUGUGUGUCCCCCACCGUGGCGCAGCAGGGCAGGUGCCCAGCCAGCAGAGCGUCUGCCCAGCUCCCACUGACCGGCCCUCUCAGGGCGCCCCCACCCCGGGGGCCUUCCCGGCAAAGUUGUGUUUGGUUAGGGAUUUGGAAUUCACAGCCUUAUCAGCCCCGAACAAGGUUUCUAGUAUUUACUUCACAUCAUGUUAAAAUCUGAAGAUUCGUUUUCUCACUGGUCUGUGUGAUCAUUUGUCACAAAGUCUAUUUAUCAUACCUAAACUACAGUCAGGGAAAGAGGGGGUUUCAGCUCUCUGGUCCUCACAUGCUCCCCAGGCUCCUUCAUCUCCAGCAGGAUUGGGAAUUGACAUGUUUUUACACGGAGCUUUCGGCGUCCAGGCCUGUGGAAAGAGAGGUCCGCUUACUGGCUGUCGGGUAGAAGAGACCAGUGUACUAGCAUAAGACUCUAUUUUUGUAAAAACAGGCAUUUUUGUUCCUUCCAGGGUUUUUUUUUCUGUAGGAUAAAAGCCUUUGUGCAGAAACAGGAUGCAAUCUGCCAUCAAAAGCUUUUCUUUAAAAGGGAGCACGGUUUGUGGGUAAAGAAUCAUCAUGAGGCAAGAUCAAGGUCCCCUCUGUACACUGGCUGCUGAUUUCCCACCCACACCCCGGUAACCCCCUGUGGACCAUGCCCAGAGGCCCGCGACGGGGGCCGUGGCCAGUGCUCACUGCCACCCUCCUGCCGUGCCGGUUUCAGCCUGGGGACUCAGGUGCCUUCUCCACGUUGAUGCAAUAAGGGAUGUUGGGCUUGAUGAAGCCUGCAUGGCGCGGGCCCUGCCGGCGCGAGAAGUAAAUGCAUUCAAAUAGUCCCACCUGAGCCUUAUAAAAUCCACCUUUUUCCCCUGGUCUCACCUGUGAGAUAAGGGUCAGAACUGCAGACUUAAGUAAAACUCUUAUUUUAGAGAAGUAUUUAUCCAAAUGCCAGCCCUCACACUUCCUAGCUUAGACUAACAAAUUUAGUUUUCAGAACAGUAAAUGCAUAAUAUGGGUUUUAACCUUAAUGAGCGCUUUUAAAUGAGUCAGACACCUGGAAGAGGGGUAUUUAUUCUCGGACCGUGACCUGAGCCGGUGGUCCUGUGAAGGCCAGUGCGCCAGUGUCUAAGACAGGACUGAGAGGAGCUUAGAUAUAUAGAUAUAUUUGUCCAAGCUCUAGAGAUGCCAGGUCUUGCUGAUCUGCCUUUCAGACCUUUUAACUCUUGCUUUUUAACUCUGCUCAAUUGUCAUAUAUAAAGAUAAAUUUAUGCAAAUAUGUGUUACCUAAGUACGGAUUUUUCACCCUUGUCGGUGUGAAUACAUGCAGAGACAGCCUGCUUCUACCUGCAUGAGAACAGAGGACCCCUCUCCUAGAGGGGCAGCUUACUGGGGCUUCCGGUUCUCCAUGGAAACCUCACAGCACUGUGCCCUCAGGGAACAUCUGGCCGCUGGAUCCUUUCCGUGCUGGGACCUGGUGGCAUUGUUUAAAAGAUAUCUCAAGUCUAGUUUUCAUGAUAUCUUCUCUUAAGCUCAUGAAGUCAUUCAUCAUAAAAAGCUGGUUGAA